GAGGAGGAAAAGGCAGAGAGAGAGAGCCCAGCCCUUGAGUUACACGGCAACAACACGCCGACACGCAGAGAGAGAGGCAGAGGCGCGCACACGCACACAGACGGGCUGUCUUUAUUUUUUAUUUGGGGGGGUUGAGGAUUCAAAAAAGCAGGAGGCUUCGACGCUGCGGAUAUGAGCUGGAAGAGGCAGGGACACCCCGAGAAUUCACUGUAACAAAAGGUGGAGCACCAGUCCCCCCCCAAACCCCACCUCCAGCCCCAGUUCUUACCCAGAUAGAGCUACACCCAAAGCCCCGGCCGAGCCCCCUCCUGCUCCCGCUGCUCCACCCCUCCGCCGCCGCGCCGCUCCGGCAACCGAGAUGCACACGGAGACCCGUAACAAGAAAUGCCAGUUGAGUCCUAAGCAGAAGAAGAAUGCCGGCGGCGCCCAGAAGAAGCAGAGGAGCCCGGCCAAGCCGAGCCCCCUGACCCGGAAACAACAACAACAACAACAACAACAGCCGCCGCCGCCGCCGCCGCCAUCAUCAUCACCUCCACCACCUGCAGUCCAGGAAGAGGAGGAGGUGAAGGAGAAGGAGGAGCCGGUGACAAGGCCUCAGCCGCCGAAGGAGGAGGAGGAGGAGGAGGAAGUGGCCGAGGAGGAGCGAGAGGAAGUGGCGGCCAAGUCUGUGAGGAAGAGGAAGAAAGGAAAGGAGGAAAAGGAAAAGGAGGAGACAGACAUGCCGUCUGUACAGAUCAAACCGGAGCCCGAGGAGAUGGAGUGCACGGUGUUUUCCUCCGCCUGAGCCGUGCACUCUGGAAAUCAUUAGAGAGGCUUUGGGGCAAAUGUCCGUCAUCGUGACAAAUGCUGGUUUGUGGUUCGUUAGCCGAGCGCCUGUCACUCCCAGUGAUGUGGCCCCUGUUUGUAAUUGUAGAGAAACGGAGGAAGACGUCAGCCAUGAUGGCUGGACCCACAGGGAAGGCAUGGCAACAGCAGAAGGUGUUUAUUAUCCUGUUACCUUGACUGGAAGGGCCACGGAGGUGAGGGGCUGGUGUGACGCCACCUGA